AUAGAGGCUGCUGAGCUCUAUGGGGCCAAGCGCUUUGAGUGAAGCUGAAAUGGACCAGUUCUUGAACACUGCUGGAGGAGCGGCCAUCCCCAAGAAGCCAAGGAAGAAGUCAAAGACUUCAACCAAACAAGUGGAUGAGGGGAGGACCAGGAAAGAGGCAGUGCUUGCGGCUUCAGCUAAGACGGAGGAGGAGGUGCCACAGCUGAAAAGGAAGGGCUGGGAGGAGUGGAGGACGCUGCAGAAGAAGCAGAGGGUGGUGGAGGAGGAGACGGGGAAUGAGGUCCCUGUGUUCGUACCUCAGCCUUCUCCUGUUGAGCUGGACCCUGAGCUCAGACAGUUGGAGGAAGGGGCUGAGGUACGAGCUCCUGGUAAGGGAAAGGGCCUUAUUCCCCCACUAGGGCCUCAGAGCAGCCUGUUCGAGGCGAAGAACAUAACGGGGGCUAGGUGGUUCAUCAACAACACCUUCCCCGAGGUGGACCAAAGCAACGCGCGGGAGGAAGCUCUGAGGUAUGGUGGAGCGUCCGUGGUGAAGCAUGUUCUAGAGAGGCAGCGGGACCAGCUGCAGAAAGAGAAGGAGGAGUUGGAGAAGAAAAAUAAGGAGCUGCAAGAGUCUCUGAACGAGGUGGUUCCAACCGUUUCACAGUUGGAGCAGGAGAGGGCUUCCCUGAGCACCAAGCUCACUUUUGAGGAGAGCAAACGAAGGAUCGCUGAAAGCGAGCGUGAGGCUCAGGCGCAAGAAAUGAAGCUGAUGACGGAGGCAUUCAAGGAGUUGAAGGGGAACAUGCGGAAGUUGGUGCAUAAUGGGAUGAAGGAGCACAUCAGCAACUUCAUCAGUUCCAGCUCCUUUGAUAGCAUCGUCAACUUGUACCGGCUGCCCACUGCCAUCAUCGCUUUCACAGACUGCAGAAAGAAGGUGAAGGCUCAAUAUCCCAAAGUGGAUGUGACAAAGAUCACCUUCGGCGAGCAAGAAGGAGGAGUGGAGGAGGAUGGCGAGAGCAUGUCAGCAGACUUCCGUCCUCAGAUUAAGCUGAGGUGGGAGGAUGAUGUAGACGGUCUUGCUGUUUUUCCUCCACAGUUCGACUUUGAGUUCGUUGUAGUGGAGGAAGAAGGGGCAGGGCCUCCUCUGCCGGACGAGCAGCAGCCAACUCAGCCACCUCCUUUAGCUGAGCAGGAGCCAGUGGAGCCACCUCUCCCAUCAGGGAAAUAAUUUUGUUUUUUGAUUUUUUGUAAAGAUAGUUAAACAGUUUGUAAUAUGUAUGUUAUUCUGAAUGAAAAUUCAUUUUUGAA